AGCUUGUAAGCCAAGGCAGCAGCAGUGAAGCAAUCGAAAAAAUAGCGCACAUAAACGACGCCGCAUUGAUUUCUCUAUAAAUAAUCCCAAUUUUAUUUAGAAUUGCCGUCUUAAUCGACUGCUUCCUCCUCCUCCUCCUCCUCCUCCUCCGUUUCACAGUACGCAAUUUCAGAUUGUAGCUAGAAGCAAAAAUGGCUGGUUGUGCAUUCAAACAAGUUAUAGUUGGCAACUUGUACGGAAGUAGAAGUUGCCUUCGUUACAGAAACAUUAGUACAGUCAUUUUGGGUUUGAAAACCCAAGGACAACCCACCUUCCAUUCUCCAAUUUAUGGUUAUGUUGCUGCCCAUGGAAAUUUCUUGAACAAGAGAUUUUCUUCACCCGUACUGUUGGGAUCUAAAUGCUUUCGUAGUUCAUUGCCUUCUCCAUGUUCGUCGGCUUUAUCAACUGCUCCUUCAGUUUCCUUGUCUAAAGAGAACUGCUCAAAAUUGACUUCAAUAUUCAGGAAUAUUUCUGUUGAAAAAACGCUGAAGCUGAUAUCAGGAUCUUGCUACUUACCACAUCCUGAUAAGGUAGAAACUGGAGGAGAGGAUGCUCAUUUUAUUUGUAAACAUGAACAAGCAAUCGGUGUAGCUGAUGGCGUAGGUGGUUGGGCAGGUGUUGGCGUUGAUGCAGGGCAUUAUUCCCGUAAACUCAUGCUUAGUUCAGCUUCUGCAAUUCAAUGUGACCACAAGAAUGGUUCAAUCGACCUAGUUAGAGCCUUGAAGAAAGCUCACGCUGAGACGAAAGUUAAGGGUUCAUCUACAGCAUGUAUUGUAGCACUUAUAAAUGAGGGUCUCUGUGCAAUUAAUCUAGGAGACAGUGGCUUUACUGUGGUUCGAGAUGGACAUAAAUUAUUCAGCUCUCCUGUGCAGCUUCAUGGUUUUAAUUUUCCUUAUCAACUUGCGAAUGGAAAGCAUAGUGAUCUACCUAGCUCUGGUCAGGUGUUCAAACUCAAUGUUGCUCCUGGUGAUGUUAUAGUUGUUGGGACAGAUGGGUUGUUCGACAACUUGUUCAACAAUGAAAUUAUUGAACUAGUGGUUGAUGCCUUGCGAGAUGGCUUAUCUCCGAACAAGACUGCUCAGAGAAUAGCUGCAUCCGCACAACAAGUAGCACAAGACAAACAUCAUCCGGAGACCCCCUUUUCCAUUGCUGCUCGCGAAGCUGGAUUUCACUGGCCUACUGCUGGCAAGCUUGACGACAUCACUGUUGUUGUUUCAUAUGUUACUAAUGCUUCUUAUGCAUGUUCAAAACCGGAGCUUGGGAAGAGUACACACCUGAGUGGGUUUCUCGACAGAAUAAAAUCCGUAUUGAAGCUCUUCAUAGCUCGAUGAAGCACACUGUAUCAAGGAAUGUUUGGCUAUACAUGUACAAGCUUCUGUCAAGUAAUCGAUUUUCAAAAUUUUAUGAUUGCUUUCAGCCACAAUUGUAAGCCUGAUAUGACGACUUUAAUCUGCAAUAUGUUACAGGUCCGUAAACUUGAAGAAAUGGGAUGUUGUUUGGGAACUUGAACAAUCUGUUCUUUUUUUUUUUCAAUAUAUAUAUUUUAUUUUUUGUUUUAAAUUUAGAGUGUAAAUUAAUUUUCAUUUACUCAUCUAACAUAAAUAAAAACAUACAUUUAUCUUGAAA